AUACCUUCUUGAACAGCGAGAUGUGGAAAUUAAUGUCCGUGAUAAAUGGGACAGUACACCUCUGUAUUAUGCUUGUCUCUGUGGACAUGAAGAGGUGGUACGCUAUCUUCUAGCCAAUGGAGCGAAAUGUGAGGCAAACACUUUUGAUGGGGAGCGCUGUUUGUAUGGAGCUUUGAGCGAUGCCAUCCGACGUCUGCUGAAGGAGUACAAACAGAUCACAGCAAAGUGCAUGAAGAGAGACUACUAUGAUGUCUUCCUGCAGCGGUUACUGGAGCAGGGUUACCAAAGCGACAUCGUUUUCAUUGUUCAUGGCAAGUCCUUCUGCGCCCAUCGCUGCAUUCUCAGCGCUCGCAGCGCCUACUUUGCGGAAAUGUUUGAGACCAAAUGGAAGGGGAAGAACAUGAUAGUGCUGAAGCACCCACUGAUUAAUCCAGCAGCCUUUGGCUCUCUUCUGCAGUAUCUAUACACAGGUCGUCUUGAUAUCGACGUAGAAUAUGUAAAUGAUUGCAAGAGGUUAGCCAAGCAGUGUCGCCUGCAGGACCUCAUAGAUGAUUUGGAGACCAAGUGUAAAAAAGUCUAUGAAUUUGUCUCUUCCAAGCCAGGGACCUGUGUGAAAGUGCUGACGAUUGAGCCCACAGGUAACUGCCGGCUGCAGGAAGAUCUGGCUCUCCUAGCAGACUGCGCCCUGCCAGCCGAACUGCGGGUUGGUUUUGGGGAGUUGCCGUUUGACAGCACCGACAACUUUAACAGUUGUCCCGACGUGUGUUUCCGGGUGGCAGAUUACAACUUUUUGUGCCAUAAGGCAUUUUUCUGUGGUCGCAGUGAUUAUUUCAAAGCCCUUCUUGAAGACCAUUUCAGUGAGAGUGAGGAGCUGCAGACGCAGCCCAGCAUCCCUGUGGUGACUCUCCACAACAUCUCAGAAGAUAUCUUCAUCCGGGUCCUCUACUACAUCUACAGUGAUGAUACAGAGCUGUCCCCGGAAAAUGCCUAUGACGUGCUGUGCGUGGCAGACAUGUACCUGCUGCCUGGGCUCAAGCGCCUGUGUGGCAGGACCUUGGCUCAGAUCCUCGAUGAGGACAACAUUGUCAGCAUCUGGAGGAUCGCAAAGCUGUUCCAGCUGACCCGGCUGGAGGACCAGUGCACGGAAUACAUGGCAAAGAUCAUCGAGAAGCUGGUGGAGCUGGAGGAGUUUGUCGCUGCUGUGAAGGAGAAUGCGGAGGCUGUGGAGGAGCGGCAGGAGACUGACUCCAUUCCUCUGGUCGAUGACAUCCGCUUCCACAUCACCAGCAAUGUGCAGACUUACAGUGCCAUCGAGGAAGCCAAUCAGAAACUUGAAGCUCUGGAAAACCUCCUGGCCAGUAUAGGGCUUGAGUGCUGAUGCGUGCAGACCCUGCCUGUGGUACGCAGCCUGCGUAGCCCCCACUGGGCUGGCUCGGAGCGUGAGAACAUCUGAGUCUCUGAAUGUCUCUCUUCCCCUUCUUUGUCCUCCUUC